AUGAGUUAUCCUGAUGACACGCGUGAUCAGUUCUACACUGAGCUAUCCUCCGUGAUACGGUCUGUGCCGAGGAGCGACCGACUAUUUCUGCUGGGUGAUUUCAACGCGCGCGUUGGGCGUGAUGCAUCAGCGUGGACAGAUGUUAUCGGUUCGCAUGGCAUUGGUUCAGCGAAUGCGAACGGUGACAGGCUGCUCUCACUGUGUGUCACUCACGGCAUGACGAUCACGAACACUCGGUUUGCACUGCGUGCGAGUGAUAUAGCAACUUGGAAGCACCCACGACGUGGUCACGCUCACCUGCUCGACUAUGUCAUCGUACGACAGCGUGAUAUGCGUGAAGUGCGCAUGACACGUGUACUGCGUGGAGCUGAGUGUGGCACUGAUCACAAAUUGGUUCGGACCAAACUGUACAUAUAUUUUCGUAAAUCUGUGUAUUUCACUCCCGCCGUGAAUCGGCCUAAAUUUAACAUUCUCUCCCUCGGUACUGUGGCGAAACGUACUGAGCUGGAGAAGGCGAUGGCUGCACGCCUGUGUGGUGAUGUGGACUGCAUAGCUACAGUGGGCGACCUGUUGCACCACAUUCGCGACCAGGUGACAGCUGCUGCCGAGGAGACCAUUGGGCGCGCAAAAUGUAAACGGCGUGAUUGGUUUGAUGACAACAAUGCGACGAUCGGCGCAUUGGUGUCGGAGAAGAAUGCAGCAUUUGCUGCACAUGUGGCAGACCCCAGUGACUUGGGGAAGAAGAGUCAGUUUCGCAAACUUCGACGGCGACUGACCCGAGAGCUCCGUCGCAUUAAAAAUGCACAGUGGACGGAGAAGACGAAGCAGAUGGAAUGCUACGCCGAACGCCGCCAACACAAGGAAUUCUUUGACUCCUUGAAGGCGGUGUAUGGACCGAGAUUGGAGCCGCUGAGGACACUGAUCGAUGGUAGUUCAGGCGCUACCUGCAUCCAGACUGCAGACAUAAUGCAGGUCUGGCGGAAACACUUUGAAUGUCUCUUGAACGAACGUUCAGAGAUCGACUGGCCUACAUUGAACUGCCUGAAGCAGCACGACGUGAAGGCGGAUCUGGCGGAUACGCCGACACUGGAUGAGACGUAG